AGCUGCUUCCUGGUUCUCCACGUGCUGCCAGCAGCGCUGGAGCUGCCCGAGCCGGAGCGGAGCCGCUGUUCUCAGCUGCAGCCAGGAUCUGCCCCCGGCCCCGCUGGGAUCCAGACAGGCUGCAGAAUGUUUUGCUCCAGCUCAUCCCAGCCUGGCGUGGGACAGGGAAGAGAAAUGGCUGCAGUGGAGUCAGUCCAGGGGCUGGUGACCUUCAAGGAGAUGGCUAUGUAUUUCACCAGGGAAGAGUGGGCUCUGCUGGACCCCACUCAGAGAGCCCUCUACUGGGAUGUCAUGCAGGAGAACUAUGAGACUGUGACCUCGCUGGGCCAGAGAAUAACAUCCAUGUUUCGCUGCAGAUCAUCUCGUCCUCCCAGGGGCAAGGAAAUGGCUGCAAUGGAGCUGGCUCAGGGGCCGGUGACCUUCGAGGAGGUGGCUGUGUAUUUCUCCAGGGAAGAGGGGACUCUGCUGGACCCCACUCAGAGAGCCCUCUACAGAGAUGUCAUGCAGGGGAACUAUGAGACGAUGGUCUUGCUGGGUAAGGAUUCCUGUCCCUUCUGUUCUUGGAAGGGGAAAUGAAGAGUGAAGGUUCAUGCCACCCCCACAAUGCCAUCUGUACCCUGUCCUGUUUCAGCAUCACCCCAAUAGGCCAGUA